AUGCUGAUUUACAAGGACAUAAUAAACGGGGAUGAGCUCCUUAGCGACGCAAUCAUCACCUCCACCGACGACCUCUUCUACGUCAUUAAGGGGAAGAUGAUAGUUGCCGACGGCGAUGAGGAGGACGAGGACGCAGAAAAGGUUGUCGACGUCGUCUUCCGCUACAAUCUUGCGGAGGCAGAGUUUACAAAGAAGACUCUCAUGAGCAAUCUUAAGAAGUUUAUGAAGGCCAUGAGCAAGAACCUCAAGAAGACGAAAUCUGAAGAAGAGGUCGCUGCCUGGCAAGAGAAGGUUAACGCCUGGGUUACGGGGCUCCUGGAGAAGUUCGACGACUAUAGCUUCUAUCUGGGAGCCUCCAACGAUGUAGAAUCGGGGAUGGUUGUCUUCUGCAAGUGGGACGGCGCAGACCCGUACUUCUACUACUGGAAGGACGCCCUCAAGUCCGAGAAGGUCUGA